AUGGGUACAUGCACCUCUUCACUAAUAAAAAAAUUUCGCAAAACACACCCGCCAUCCAGUAGAACAUUUAAAGGCAAAAAGAACACAAGAAGGAGACUCUCUAUCAGCACAAAGGGAGAGUUGCCAAAUGACACGGACGAAAUAAAAAGAAGUAUUCAAGAAUUAAAGGACAAUGAAGAUAGGUUUAAGGAAUCAUCGGAAAAUGAUUCGCAUACGAAAGUGGAAAUAACACCAGUGAAGGAAGAAGAGGAAAAAAAAUGUGGAGAGAAAAAAAAUAAAAUUAAAAAUAGAUCGUCCGUAGCAGGAGUAAGGGCAUCCCAUUUUCAAGAAGAUUUCGAAAAAAAAUGUGUAAAAAUUAAAGGUGAAGUUGACAAAUUAAAUGAAAAUGGAAUAGGCUAUGUAUGCAGAAAAGGGUUAAAGCCAGAAAGCCCAAAUCAGGAUGAUUUUACAAUUAUCACUACGGAGAAUUUAGCCCUUUAUGCCAUUUUUGAUGGCCAUGGGCCAUAUGGACAUGAUGUGUCCAAUUAUGUACAGAAGGAAUUACCCUACAUGAUUAUAAAGAAUGAAAAUUUUUUAAAAAAUCCGAAAGAGGUCUUUACUAAAGCCUUCCUAAAUAUACAUGCAAACAUAGAAAAAACGACCAAUGAAUAUUUGGAAGACUUUGCCAACAAAUACAAAGGAAACAACAAAGGCGGAAACAGCAGAAGACUUCAUAUGGACAAGCAGAGCAGCAGCUCCGUCGUCAGUACGCACUUUGAUUUAAAUAUACCUCACUUGGACGAUGAGGAAGAAGACGACGAUGAUGAUCAUGAUAGUGAUGAUGAUAACAAUUUUAGCGAAGAUUCCGGUACAGGCAACACAGACGGGUAUGCCCACACCGAUAGUGACAGCGACAGUGAUAGUGAUCACCACCAUGGUGAAAGUGAUGAUAAUGAGAAUCAGAAAAAAUCCAAAGCGAAGAUGAAAAAAAGCGAAUCCAACAAACAUGCGAACGAAAAGAAUACCACCAAAAGCGAAAAGGGACAAGCAUUAAACAAAAAAAAGAAAAAAAAAAAGAAAAAAAAAGAAGCCUAUUUUGACAGUACAAUGAGUGGUACCACAGCAACAAUAAUAGUACACCUUUUUCAGGAAAAAAAAUUAUACGUUGCUUAUGUCGGCGAUUCUAGGGCUGUACUUGGCAGGAGGAAAAAAGGAUUCCCAGAUGUUCUGGAGGCCUUCGAUCUAACGAAAGAUCAUAAACCCAAUUCCGCAGCUGAGAAGAAAAGAAUUAUAAAUUCCGGUGGGCAAGUAUUGAAGCUGGAGGGGGAUAUACCCUACCGCGUUUUUUUAAAAAAUAAGUUUUACCCAGGGUUGGCCAUGUCAAGAGCCAUUGGAGAUACGAUUGGGCACCAGAUAGGUAUAAUUUCCGAGCCCGAUUUCAUGGAAAUUAAAAUAAACGAAGAUGAAGACAUCCUCGUUUUGAUAUGCAGUGACGGAGUAUGGGAAUUCAUUUCGUCGGAAGAAGCCAUUAAUCUAAUCUACGAAUUUGGAUACGACAAUGUUCAAGACGCCGUUGAGAACUUAGCCAAGGAAUCCUGGGACCGCUGGCUAAACGAAGAAGAAAACAUCGUGGAUGACAUAACCAUACAAGCUAUAUAUUUAUCAGAAAAAUGCAAAAAAAUAAAAAAUGAAAAAUAA